GUCGACCGGAACCAAUUGUGACCUGGUUAAAUGGGACAAUGCAACUGGAGUCAGGCAAUGGCGUUUCAAUGGGCCGGCAUGUGACUGUCAAUCGGUUAGAGGUGCCCCAUAUCACACGCGCUACGCUAAAUAAUACCUAUCGCUGCCAGGCAUCAAAUACUAAGUUAGUGCCACCCGUAGAACGCAGUAUACGCAUCGAAAUGUUAUUAAAACCUACAUCUGUAAACCUAACGAAUAAAUUGAAGGUCUUUUCAUCUGGCACUCAGUAUAAUUUAACUUGUGUGGUUGCGGGCUCAGUACCAGAUACGGAAAUACGCUGGACUCAGAAUAAUCGACCUUUUAAAAGAGGAGUGCUAACGACAACACAAAAUAAUGGCAAAGUCUUCUCAACCUUAUCAUUCCAUCCACAACCCGAAGACGAUGGCACAAUGCUGAAGUGCGAAGGCUCCAAUCCGCGCUUGCAAAACUCGGCAAUCGAAGACUCACUUAUGUUAAAUGUUAUGUAUCCACCACAAGUGACACUGUCGUUGGGCUCAACACUCAAACCGGAUGACAUUAAAGAAGGCGAUGAUGUUUACUUUGAGUGCCAUAUAAAGGCCAAUCCAAAGGAACAUCGCAUUACGUGGUCACAUGAUGGUAUUCCUGUCACGCAGAAUGUCUCGUGGGGCAUCAUCAUUUCUACUCGUUCGCUUGUUCUACAACGUGUUGCACGCGUACAUGCUGGUUUCUAUGCGUGUGCAGCGGCCAACGACCGCGGCGAGACACAAAGUUCAAUGGUGAAUUUGCGAAUACGCUACGCGCCCGUUUGCAGUACUAAUACAAUGAUUGUGAUUGGCGCUUCGCUAGAGGAGGCGGUGCCUAUACCUUGCCGUGUUAAUUCCGACCCACCGGAAAUUGAUUUUGAAUGGACUUUUUCAACGAGCGGCGAACACUUUGAAGUACCAUCAGGCCAUUAUGCGACGAUACAGGAAGCCACGACCACCGGUGACGUACAUCGUACUAUAAUCGAAGCGAACGAUACACACUUUGAGACUUAUGUAGAAACCGUAAGCGAAUUGAUAUACACUCCAAAGGGGGAACGAGACUAUGGCACACUGGCAUGCUGGGGCCAAAAUUCAAUUGGCAAACAAUCAGAGCCGUGUUUGUUUCAAGUAGUGCCAGCAGCUAAGCCUGGCGCGUUGCGCAACUGUACGUUGCGUCCAUAUGUGGUGACCUCCGCCUCGCUAAACUCAUCGAAUCAGACAACAAUGCAUGGCAAUCAGAUGGUGCCGGCACAAUAUGGCCGACACGAAUCAAAUUUUCCGCAUAUGGAGUAUGUACGUGAGCGUAAUAAUAACAAUAGCAACAACAAUAAGAAUGGCAAUAAAAUUCACAAUAGCGAUGGCAGUGGCAACAACAAAGCGAGUAGCACUAGCAAAACCAAUAAUAAAAUAAGCAGCAUUCUUAAUAAGCAACAGCAACAGCAACAGCGAAAAAAUAAUGCAAAUACAUUGAUUGGUCAGCAGCAACAGAAAUUGCAUCACCAACAACAAAAACAUCGGCCGCCACAAGUGAACGAACAACAACAGCGACAACAACUGCAACGCCUGAAAGAACGUACAUCAUUUACGCCAUCUCAGACACUGGCGGCAAUCAAGAGACAACAACAGCAACAACAACAGCUGCAACGACAGCAGCAACAACAAAAACAUAACAAGGAAACAUCAUCAUCAUCAGCAGCAGCAGCAGCAGCUGUCGCAGCUGAAGCGUCCGCAGUAGCUGGAGCUGACAUUAACAAAAAAUUGCUAGCAGCUGCAACGCGUAAGCCAGCGACUUUGCAGGGUACAGAUGCCGCAGGCAACUUAGCAACGAUGGCGUAUAUCAAUAACAAAACUGAUGGAUUACCCACGAAGAUGCGAGUGGACAGCAAACAUCGAGUGAAACGUGCUGCUGAUGAGCAUGCAACAACAGCUAAACAGCACAACAAGAACACCAGUUCGAAGCAUAAGCAAAAGAAGAAGAUUCACAAAGAGACUGCGUCAGUGAAGGAGCUACAGCUACAGCAUUCAAGAAAGCUAACUUCAAAGCAGACGCAGAAGAUGAAGAUGAAUGUGAGCAACAAAAGGCAAAAAUCAAAUUUAUCACUGCCAACAGUUGGUGAUGAGGCUGCGGCUGUCGUCGGCAAUGGCAGAAAUGUGCAGGCCAACAACAAGGGUAACAACAAGCAAACGCCAGCGACGAAAUACUACAAUUGGCGGCGAAAAAAUACGCACAAACGUGAGGUGGCACCAGUGAUGAGCGAAGUAAUCCAUCAUUCAACGGUAAUGGCAACGGCAAUGCCAACAGCAACAGCUAUAUCAAAGGAAACGGAAAAGGAAGCCAACGAAGUAUCAGUGGAUGAUGAAGCAGCUAAAGUUCACGAAGAAUUGCGACUUACCAAGAGAGAAGCAGGUAGUAUAGUGGCAAAUGAGUAUGAGCAACAUGCAACUUACAAAGGAGAAGUAAGCGCAGAUUUAGCGCCAGUAAAAGUGUUUGAAACAGCUGCAACCAACGACAACAACACAAUCACACUCAGCAGCAGCACUUUCGGCCCACCAAUUGGCAAUUUCAUCAACUCAAAGGCGAAUAAUCAAACACACCAACAAAAUGUGCAACAGCGCUCACAAAUAGAGCUUCAGCAUGAAUCAGCGCCGCCGCUCAUUGCCACAGAUGAUAUAGCAGCGUCCGCCACAAGCUCAAUUGAUAAGGUGCGUAUACGCAAAUCUUUGACGGCCAAAAAUGUUGGCGCAACUGCUCGUGUUAGCAGUAGUAGUAGUAGUAGCAUUAAUGCUGACGGCAAAAGCGAACACCAUUUCUCGCAGUACAGCAAAGUUAGCCAUCACGAUAACAAUUUUACCCAAAACUUCAACAAAGUCAACAAUAACAAUGUGACACCCAGCGCGCCAACUAGCGCGCUUCAAAUAAGCAAUCACGCAGUUGCAUUUCAUCAUCAAAAGCAACAACAAUAUGAACAAGAACAGCAACGCCCAACAAAUGGUAAUCGCGGCAUCGAUGUUAUUGGCAUGCAACGCGCAAUUAAUGAUCUAGCCUCCAGCUCAGAUGAAAGUGACAGAGCAGCAGAAAUUUUUGGUAACAAAUUUGCUUAUGAAGAUGACGGUGAUGAGAUUGACAUGCCAGCCGAUGAAGUGGCUGUUGGUGCUGAUGGCAUGGAUAAAGAGUCGGACGGCGAAGUGGAUGUUAACACCGCUGAAGCUGGCGCUGGUGUUGAAGCUGAUAUUGAUGCAGACGAGACCGACGAUGGCGAGGAUGCGGAGCUAAAUAGCUUCAUUGAGGUGGAUGAGGAGCUAUCACCACCCACUCUGAGCGCCCUACGGAGUGAGUUUCGUUUGCCAUCAGCCGAUAUAGCAGAUGCGGCAGAUGGGCCACAUUUCGAUUACUCACGCAUGGAAUAUAGUUUUAGUAAUGGCAUUGCUACGCACAGUCUGGUCGGCAGCAAUGGUAAUGGGCACGGUCUUGGUCUGGAUGGCAUUAGCAAUGGCAACGGUAUCGGUGGGGGUGGGGGAGGUGGUACUAUCAACCUGGAAAAUUACGAUAACAUUGUUUACUCAACGAUGGAAUUGGAAUGCAUGCCGGGCUAUGAUGGUGGUUUGCAGCAGCAGUUCUUCCUGGAGGCAUACGAUUCGAAGACGAAGAAACUGCGAUUAAAUACGACGAGCACAUAUGCGGAUAUACCCAUAUUUCGUAUCGAUUUGAGUGAUCUAACUUCCAUGGAUUACUAUCCCGAUGCCAAUCCAGCCCUGCAUCUGGUAGUAUACAGCGCAAAUCAGAAAGGUCGUUCCGAACCAAUCGUUUUAGAAAAUAUUCCGAUAAAUGAAGCUGAAAAACGACAAG